AAAAAAAAAAAUUGAAACAGCGGUAGGCGUCGGUGGAGGUUUCGUGGGUCAGCUAUCCAGCCUGUUCCCGCUUAAAUGCCGAGCACAUUACCUCCCAGUCCCCAAUAACAACGCAAUAUCUGCCGUCGAUUCAAUUAAACCAGCACGCGACAGCCCCCGGGGAACCGCAUGAUUCCGAGAGGCCAUAAUCCGAAAGGGACAUCUGAUCUAACGCUCCCUCCCUUCCCUUCCAGCCAAAGAAACUAGAAUCGGAAAACAACAAAAGCUACUAUUACUCAUACUCAGCACAGAUCUGAAGUUUCCUCCGCUUCCCCACCUUUCCCCUACCUCGCGUCUCCAGAUCUCUCCUGGAGAAAAUGGAGAUCAAAUGGGGGCUUUUAUUGCUGGGAGCGAUGUUUGCCGCUCAUUUGAUGAUGUUGGGUGUUUUCAGCCAGGAUUCUUCAGUGAAGGCCACUGUUGUAAAGAAGAAGGGGGGCACGAAGUACUGCACUAAAGGGUGGGAAUGCACAGGCCCUUCGAAGUUCUGUUGUAAUCUCACAAUUUCGGACUAUUUCCAGACCUAUCAGUUCGAAAAUCUCUUCUCGAAGCGCAAUACGCCCGUGGCACAUGCCGUCGGCUUCUGGGACUACCACUCGUUUAUUACUGCGUCCUCCGUCUACCAGCCUCUCGGCUUCGGCACCACCGGAGGAAAGCUUAUGCAGAUGAAGGAGGUCGCCGCCUUCCUCGGCCACGUCGGUAGCAAAACCUCCUGUGGAUAUGGGGUUGCCACCGGGGGACCGUUUGCCUGGGGACUCUGCUAUAACAAGGAAUUGAGCCCAAAUGGUGAUUACUGUGAUGAAUCCUUCAAACUAGAAUUUCCUUGCUCGCCUGGGGCUCAAUACUAUGGGCGGGGUGCAAUUCCCCUCUACUGGAACUACAAUUAUGGUCCCGCUGGGAAUGCCUUGAAAGUGGAUUUGUUGAAUCAUCCAGAAUAUGUUGAACAGAAUGCUACCCUAGCUUUCCAGGCUGCAAUGUGGCGUUGGAUGAACCCAAUUAAGAAGAAGCAGCCUUCAGCCCAUGAUGUUUUCGUUGGAAACUGGAAACCCACCAAGAAUGACACUUUGUCCAAGCGGACUCCUGGUUUUGGCACCACCAUGAAUAUCUUGUACGGGGAUCUUGUUUGUGGUCAGGGUGACAUUGAUUCCAUGAAUAACAUCGUCUCCCAUUACCAAAAUUACCUUGACCUAAUGGGUGUUGGAAGGGAGGAGGCAGGGUCCCAUGCAAAUGUUACUUGUGCUGAGCAGGCUGCUUUCAACCCAUCGUCCUCAUCUGCAACUUCAUCUUCAUCUUCUUAGGCUUGUCUUCGUGAGCUCCAUAAGAUGAUUUUAGGUCAUAUUGUCUUUUCAGCCAGACAAUCCUCAAUGUGGAAGUGGUAAAAUAAGAAGGGCAACUAAGAUGGGAGUUAUCAGAUCAUAUAUAUUUAGCUUUUCAAUUUCUUGUGGAGUUCAACUAGCAAGAACAGUUAUAAAGUGUGGUAUUUUUUUCUAUUUCCCUGUCAUUGCUGUGCAGAAUUCGGGAUUCAUUUUGUUUCUAAAACCAAUGUAUAUUGUGGUCACAUGAUACCUAUUUUUGUGAACUAUGUUAUGUGUGUUUUAAUUGUAAUUCUUUUUUAAAGUGAAUUUUCUUAAUUUUGAA